CUGGACUGUUUCAAUAUCAAUAUAUUAUUGGUUUUUUCAGCUCGUAUGUUUGGUGUCCGGCAUGUCGUUGUGUCGCUGCUCUUCCUCGCCACCGUCGUCUCGUAUGCUACACGAGUCAGUAUGAGCGUCACUAUUCUGGCCAUGACAAAAGAAAAUAACUACGGAUAUCAGGUGUUCGAUUGGAAUAAAACAAUUCAAGAUACGAUUCUGUCCUCCUUUUUUUGGGGCUACAUAGUUCUGCAAAUUCCAGCAGGUAUAUUUGCUGGUCGUUUCGGUGGCAAGAUGCUGAUACUUGUGUCUAUGAUUGUGACCGGCUUGAUUAACUUGAUUGUACCAAUCUCCGCAGAAAAGGGAGAUUGGAUGGCAGUAUGCGGUUGUAGGAUAGCUAUGGGUCUUUUCCAAGGAAUAUUGUAUCCAAGUCUUCAUGGACUUCUGGGACAAUGGGCUCCGAUCACAGAGCGAAGUCGUAUGGGAACCUUCGUAUAUUCUGGAUCACAAUUGGGAACCGUGAUCGAGAUGAUGUUGGCUGGUGUUUUGUCGGAUAGUAAGUUCGGUUGGCCGUCAGUUUAUUACGUUGCUGGCAUUUCCUGCAUUUUAUGGUCAGUGCUGUGGAUCAUAUUCGGAGCUUCUAACCCUGCUGAAAGCAAAUGGAUCUCUAAAGAGGAACGGAAGUAUAUUGAAAGCAACGCCGGAUCCUCUAACGUUAACGAAAAUAAAAAACUUCCAGUGCCAUGGAAAAGUAUUUUAACUUCAUUGCCUUUUUGGUCAAUUUUACUUUCUCAUUGUGGUCAGAGCCUCGGUUUUUGGACACUUCUGACAGAAAUGCCAUCUUAUAUGGAUAAGGUUCUCGGAGUAAAUAUUAAAAGUACUGGUUUUCUUUCGGCGUUACCCUACGUGGCUAUGUAUAUCCUCAGUUUUGUAUUCAGUUGGAUUGCCGAAUAUCUUGUCAACAAUAACGUGACAUCUCUCUCUACCACGAGGAAGAUCUUCAAUACGAUUGCAUUUUGGGGUCCAGCCGCUUCACUGCUUGCUUUAUGCUACAUUCCCGCGGGCUACCUCACACUUGCUGUGGUUAUGCUUACAAUAACUGUGGGACUUAAUGGAGCUCAUUAUGUUGGUUUUCUGAUUUCUCAUAUUGACUUAUCGCCAAACUUCGCUAGUACUUUGAUGGGUAUCACAAAUGGCUGUGGAAACAUAUUCUCUAUAAUGGCACCUUUGAGUGUGUCAGUCGUUGUCUCGGAUGAGAAAAGUGCAGCUGACUGGAGGAAAGUGUUCUUUAUAUCUAUAGCCUUUUAUUUUCUCAGCAAUCUUUUUUUCAUACUCUUUAUGUCUGGGAAUGUUCAAGAUUGGAAUGAGCCACAAAGCAAAAAUACUAUCGAGGAAGGAGAGAAAAAAUCUAAAAAGGAGAAAACUGGAGAACACAAGUUUUAA